AUGAAUAAUUAUCAUUACCUUCUGAAAUUCAUUAUCAUUGGUGAUACAUGUAAAUCCAAAUUAUUACAAUAUUAAAGGUGUUGGCAAAAGUUGUCUCCUUCUCCAGUUUACUGAUUCUAGAUUCAGAAAUGAACAUGAUGCAACAAUAGGGGUCGAGUUUGGAUCAAGAAACACCAAGAUUAAUGAUAAGACUAUUAAGCUGUAAGUCUGGGAUACAGCAGGAUAAGAAGCAUUUAAAUCAAUUACACGCUCAUAUUACAGAGGGUUUAUACUUCUCAAUAAAUUAGAUCGAUUGGUGGCAUUCUUGUAUUUGAUGUGACAUCUAGAUAGUCUUUUGAAGGUGUGGCGAAAUGGUACUAAGAGAUCCAGGGUUAUGCUUGCGAUAAAAUUGAAAUGGCGCUAGUAGCAAAUAAAAUAGAUCUAGAUGCAAAGUAUAAUUGACAUCCUUAUUUUAAAGACGCGAAGUACACACUGAGGAAGCACAGGCUUUUGCUAAAAAACACGGAUUUGCAUAUUUUGAGACUUCUGCAAAAACAGGAGAAAAUGUUGAUACUGUAUUUGAAUCUAUGGCUUAAACAAUAUUGAAACGGAUUGAUUCUGGGGAGAUCGAUCCCUCCUAAGAAGUUUUAUUUGUCUUAUUUUAUAAUUCUUUUAGAUAUACGGAAUCAAGGUAGGUCCUGGAACUGCAGAGGUUUAGAAAAAGUAAGCAGUAACGUAAGAUCCUCAAAAUCCUAAACCUUUAACAGGAUAUACUACACCUGCAGGAAAUAAAAAAGCAGAGAAAAAGGAGGAGAGCUGCUGUUGAUUGUUAU